CCCCCCCCCCCCCCCCCUCUUUUGCCUUCGCCACCAUGUCCACAUCGCUCCUUCAUCAAACCCCAUCAGCUACCGCCUCCCCCUCCCUGCCGCCGUUCCUAUCCGUCUCCCCGCCUCCCGUCUCCAUCCCCUCCUCACCCCGCCUCGAUGCCCUCUACGCCUCCUCCUCGUCUCAGAGAGAAUCCAAUCCUACAGGCUACAACGCCAACAUCUCCUGGUGGUCUCAAGUCGUCCAAGAGACCCUUCGCAGCGGAUGGUUGAAUCGCUCCGAGACCGAUCCCGAUCGAUUAGUCUUGACUCUGGACGACAAGACAGCAAAGCGAUUAGCCAAAGCCGAUGGGACGCUCCCGAGAGGUCUCGGCGGUCUAGCGCUCAAUCAAUCGACCUCCUCACCGCCGUUUUGGCACCCCUUGACUCACUUUAUGGCCUCGACUCUACCCAUACACUCACCUGCGAGCCUGACCUAUCGCUUUGUCGGUCGCCCGCUCUGGUGGAUCCUCGCUCAGGUCAACCCGUUUGGCUCAUCGACGACGACCGUGGAGAAGGAAGAGACCCUGUGGAAACGAUACAAAGGCAAAGAUUAUGUUCAUAUGCCUCUACUCGAGGAAACCGCAGCCAACUUUAUAGCUUACAUCGAGGACAACCCUCCGAUAUCAUACUCUGCCUCCUUGUUCACGCCCUCUUCCUUCCGUGACGAGUUUGGAGAGAUCAUAUUCCCAGAUAGCGAUACGCUGCCAGCAGGUCGCCACACCUUGUCCAUACGCGACACACAGGUCCUCCUACGUUGGCUCAGUCGCGACUGCGGCGUCGUCGUCAUGGAGGGCGAAACAAUUCGUAUCUCUUCCGACAGCAUCACGGAAGCGGACAAAGGCACCUUGACCAUCGUGACGACCUUGAAGCGGAUAGACGAGCAAGUGGACAAGCUCCAAGUGGAGAUUGACAAGUGUCAAGCCAAGGCAAAAGCCCACGUCCAUCAACGCAAUCUCGCUCUGGCCCAACUCAAACGGAAGAAAGCGCUGGAAGAGGUCCUGGACAAACGACUCGGCGUCGCUCACCAGCUGAGGACAGUGCUGACAAGUAUAGAUCAAGCCAAGGACGACGUGGAGAUCAUGGAGACGUAUGAGACCUCCAACGCCACGCUCCGAACGAUCCUCUCCAACCCAGCGCUCGAUGUCGAUCACGUCAACAAAACGACAGACGAUCUCGCCGAGGCGAUCGCCAGUCAACGCGAAAUCGACGAUGCCAUUCGAAUGGUGGGAGGUGAAGACAUCGAUGAGGACGAUCUGGCUGCAGAGCUGGAGGGGCUGGUCGAGGAGGAGAAGAGCAAGGUUGUGGAGAAGGCCAAGGCUGGAGAUGAGGCCACACCAACGGACCCGCUCUCGACCCAGGCGACAGACUCCGCGGACCAGCUCUCAACCCAGGCAACAGGCUCCGCGGACCAACUCUCGAGCCAGACGCCAGACACCGCGCUCGCUGCACUCGAGGCGCACGAGCGACGCUACCACGACGCGCAACAACGUCAACGGGAAGAACGUCAGCGAGCCGAGGACGAACGCCGUACACGAGACGCCCAACGCAUGCCUGCCGAGUGAUUAUGCAUACGUUAUGACA